UAAUAUAACGUAUAUUUCCCACUUUUUUUCCCCCUCCCAAAGAGGUGGUGGAGGAAACAACGCUGGAACCCGUUGUCCAGGAUGCCGUGGACGGGCGCAGGAACGUCCUCGAGCAACGUUUUGUGACCGAAUCCUCGACCGAUAACCUCGCGCCAACCAGUCAGCUGUCCCAGGAUUAUUCCCAGGUUAUCCCCCAGCCUGGUGUGGACGUCCAUCUUCUAUUCGCAGAGGAGACAUUGAGCAUGGUCACCAAGAUGAAUUGAAGAAUCUGCGAUUCAUGGUGCUUCAAGACGAGCUGUAUCGGAGCUGACUUGUUUUCCUGCCACUCGGGUCGAACCCCGAACUCAAGGAUGCCGUGGGUGAGGAGACAAAUUAUCCACCACCACUGAAACCCACCCCUUGACCGCCUUAAAACGAAUACUGCCAGCCGCGUAAGAUCAUCGAUAUCGAAACGAAGCGUCGCAACCGAUCACCAGGACGAAGCACCAAACCUACCCCAUGGAUCUAACCGAGGCAUUCGCCCCGGGAGGGGGUGGAGAGGAGCUGCCAAAGACCGAUUUCUUCGACUUCGUCGUCUCUCCACCUCCCCACUGCGCCUCCGCAGAUGGCGUGUCGGACGAAGAAAGCUUCCUCCAUCGCACCACCUGCCGAAGCAUCGGCUACCUUCAACAAGGUCACGAGGAACACGAGACCAGCCGGGAACUCCAUGGCUCCCCAUUCAUCAAAGAAACCAACAACAACACACUGACAGCUUUACCACCUGUCUCAACUAUCACCAGCUCCCUCAGCCACCAUCAUCACCACCACCACGUGAGGACGCAUCACAGCGCUUGCAACGUUCAACAGAGCAACGAGCAGACACCGAUGGACCAAUCCGACUGCGACUAUUGGGGCACGGACGAGAGCAAAGAGCAAACCUGUAACAUACUCCUGGAAGAUCUGAACAAAUACUGUUGGUCGGCUCACGCGAACGCGCAGAGCCACGGAAACGACAACGUGAACGUUCACCAGGGUUCGAACGAGCAUCACCAAGGGGUGGGUCGAGGAUGCUCGGCCAACGACAGACAGAACACCGACGGCGCGAUAUACACUCUCACCGUGUUGAACAACGAGGCCAACUCGAUGGAUGCCUUGGACUGUUGCAAGAGUCCUGCGCCCACGUCCAGCGACUCCUGGUCGCUCAGACCUAACCUAGAUCUGGACGCUAUACUGAGCAUGGAACCAGCUUCCACCGAGCAGGAACACGACCAAUCGAAUACCGUGACAGAGGUUUCGCGGACGGUGAACGACAGGUUUCACCCGGACCGUUUCUCCGUUGCAUCGUCGCAGUACGCCACCGACGACAGCGGCUUCGUCGAGAGCAAGGAGCUCUGCGGCCGAGGGGCGUCCAGCGGCGGCAAUUGUGCCGGGGGCGACAACAACAACGAUUGGAAGCUUUCCGACCAAAAUCUACAGGAGGCUGCAGCCGCUGCCGCGGCAGCUGUCGCGGUCGGCGCCGGCGACUCUGCCGAGAGCCUUCUCAGGAGCGCUCUCCAAGGCAAACUGUACACCGGCCCGACCCAAGUGGUGUCAUCCUCGUCGCCGACCACUCAAGGCUCCGCUAUAUCGAUGCCCGUCACGAGCAACGCCGGCUUGCAGAUAGUCUCUGACCAACAGCAGCAGCAGCAGCAGCAGCAACAGCAGCAACAGCAACAGCAGCAGCAACCUCAGACGCAACAAGACGAAUCCAUGCAUACAUGUACCGAUGAGGAUUUGUUACUCUCCCAACUGGACCAAACGACCUAUCGUCCUGGAGAUUACGAGAAGCUAAAGAGCAUAGCCAACGAGGUAGUGGAGUCUUACUGCAGCCUGGAACCGGUUUGCAACGUGUCUGCAACGACCACGGUUAUGUACACGUUGGACCCGACCAGUGGUAGCCUCGGCACGAUCACGCUGCCCGCGGAUCUGGGUCAAGUGAGCACGGUUACGGUGGUGACAGCGGCUCAGCAGGAGGUUCUCCAGCAACAGGCCGCCCCUCGAACGGAGGUUGAGCAGCAACAGUCCACCAACCAGCUUCAAAUAACUCCCUCGAGAGUCGUCACGACGAAAGCCCCGAAAAAGUACUGUCGACGCACCAACAGGAAUAGCAACAACGCGAACGCGGCCAGCAAUGGAAGCAGCGGUUCUGAAACAGGUGGGAAUACGAGUGGGCAGCAACAGGGUGGCUCGGGCGGCUCGCCGGGCAGCGUUCAACGGAAGGAGCGCUCGUUGCAUUAUUGCAGUAUCUGUAGCAAAGGUUUCAAGGACAAGUACAGCGUGAACGUUCACAUCAGAACGCACACAGGCGAGAAACCGUUCGCCUGCUCCCUGUGCGGCAAGAGUUUCCGGCAGAAGGCCCAUUUGGCGAAGCACUAUCAGACCCACGUGACGCAGAAGCCCAGUGUUCAGCAACAAGCGAGCGGCAGUGGCGCCAGUAACAACGGGAACAGCGGAAAUCCAAGCCCAUCUGGCGAGACGAGCGGCACGACAACGGGCACCGUGACGAACAGGAGUCAGUCGCACCAGGUGUCGGUCGAUCCCGCGGGGAACGCCUGUAAUCCACCUAGUUAGUCGCGUUGGAUGGGCCAAACAAUCUACUUCCGGUUCCCAACGUCCAAUUGGAUUGCAGUUAAUCCUUGCUACUCCAUUUAUUCUAAUUCCCGGUGGCACGGUGCGGAAAGUGGAUCGGCGAUUUUGCACGUGAUGGUGAUGGUCAACGAAAGGAUACACCGUGCGAGUCUUCCUUUUUUUUUCUUUUUUUUUUUCCCCCUACUCUCUCCUUUAUCACUCUCUAUAUAUAUCUAUUUCUGUUCUCUGUUCUCGCUUAUAUCUCUCCGUUCUUCUUCUUCUUCUUCUUCUUCUUCUGUUCUAAUAAUUUCCGUCCAUCGAUCAGAAUCUUCGUUCGGUUCGAGAAUUCGGGAUGAUUUGACGACGACUGAAGAAGGAUCCCGGCAAAGAGCUAACCAUGACUAACGUCGAGCAUCAUGAGAUCGAUUAAAGUAUCGAUUAGUAUUAA